AUCGCAGCCCCAACAAUUUAGUUCGUUUCGGGUGUUUCUUAGGAGAACGGCGCUUCAUCACCGUCGGCAUGCAAAACUGCGAAUUUUAAGUGGAAAAGUUGUGACACAGAACGGCAGAAUGAACGAGUGCGGAGUGUGAGAGGGGCGUGGACAGCAGCGUAAAAAAAUUGUUUGUGAUUGAAAAAAUAAUAAUUAUCAAAAAUAUUUAAGUGCAAAGAAACGAAAUUGAUUGGCUAAAUAUUACUACUACAAGCAGAAGAUAAAGUGGAAAAAAUAUGACUGAAUUAGCCAAGUUUUCGCUAAAUAAUCCCAAAAAGAGCUGUGAAGUGUAAGGAAAAAUUCAAUGAGUGCAAAAUAUCCGAAUUUGCAUUGCAUGAAAUGAAAAGAGAAUAAAUAAAAUAUUUUCUAAAAAUUAGAAAAAAAUUAUCUGUGAAUGAAAAAAAAAAUAUUGUGAAAAUAAUGUAGGAAAGCAUUGCGAAAUUUUUGCUUGUGCGCAUAACAACAAGAAACGAAAAAAAAAUUAAGAUUUGGCCGCGUGCCAUCAAAGAAGCGGACGCCUAGAGCUCGCUGCGAACCAUACGGCUGCAUAGAAGGCAAAGGAAGGCAUAAAAGCAAACAAUUGGGCAUACGGACUACAAGAAAAUACAUAAAUGGCCAGCGCAAGGUGAGUGGGGAGCAGCGGGCUUGUGCAUUGGAACCUUGUGUGCGCCUAUGCCACUCAAAUGUGGCAGUCAAAAGACGGCACUCUCUUGCAUUAUGCACAUACGAAUGUACAUAAAUAUCGUGAUUGAAUUCUUCGACGGCAGCGUCAGUCGUUUGGUGAUUGGUUCCACCAUCAUCGUCUACUUGCUCAUCUAUAAUGAGGCUAGCGGUGCUGCUAUAUUGUUUGCCACCAUUUUGGCAGCUUUGUAUGCUAUAAUGGCAGCAUACUGCAAAUCCACUCUACGCUCCGUCCAAAUGCCUUACAUACGUGCCACCAACAAAUUUGACUUCUCUUGCCUCUUUCUAGCCACCUGGAUGGACGUGCUGGCGAUAUUGUGUGCUUGUGCAGUUUUGGCGCGCACUCUUAGCACAUGCCUGGAUGCGAUGACGGGCGGUAUGGCGCAUAUUCUUAUUUUGGGCCGUAACUCAUCGGCCAACGAGCCAUGGCCGGAUGUGCUGGGUGUUGCGGUGGUUCUUCUCAUAACUUGCAUGUGCAUGCUGGGUUUGGAGAAUUCCAAAGCCUUUUGCGUCCUCAUGAUCGCUGGCAUUAUAAUCAUGAACAUUUCGCUAGCCUUGGUAACUACUUGGAGAUUACACUCGCUUGAGUUUAAUCGCUUCUUCUUUCGGCCGAAUGGCAUUAAAAGUGUACUCACAGCAGCGGCACUACUCACGUUCUCCUAUCCCAGACACUAUCCAGCGUACGAUUCCUGCUUUUUACGAUACUCAGGACUGAUUCAUAUCGUCAAGUGCGUGCUUACUUUGGGGCUUGGAGCGCUGUGUUUUACUGUCUUGGUGCAUUUCAAGGCUCCUCCUGAGUACAUUGCUAUACCAGUCUUCAAAUUUCUAGACGACUUGAAUAUGCACCAGCUAGUACCAGCUGCUGCUUGCCUUCUGAUGUUGACAUACACAGGUGCAUAUAUGGAACUCUUUCCCGAGCUCUAUGGCCUCAUCGUACGCUUUGCGACCGCAGAGUGGAAGGUGUUCUCGAAACAAAUAAGCUAUGAAAGUCCCGACAGCGGCAAUCCUGUGCUAGCAAUUUUUAUAAGCGGCAGUCUCUGCGCCAUGUUGGCCUUUGCGUGUCCGCUGCAAAUUCUCACCCAUAUGUUGGCGGGCAGUCACAUAUGUGCGGGUAUUUUAAGAGCGUUCUAUUUAUUGUAUUCUCCCUACCGACCGAAAUACAUACAGCCAAAUACCACCCAUUCGUCACUCAGCUACAGUCGUCUUGCCACAGCACCACCAUUGGUGGUGAAGAGUUCCUCCUCAAAUAGCAGAAUUAAGCGCAACAUAUUGAGCGCUAGUUUAGCCAAGAAGGGCGCAAUUAUGAAGCCAAAGCUGAAGAAAAAACCAAAGAAGGAGCUGGAAAAGGAAUGGCUUUUGCUGGGUGAGCCCACAUCGCCUUGCCCUGCUCGUACACCGAAGGAUGUGGAGUCUGCAUUGCUCGCGGAUCGCGAGCCACCGCCCUCCGAUUUUGAAUAUCCGGAGAAAUUUGAGAAGAGCGAUUCGGAUACCUCAACCGAUAUAGAUGCGAUAGUCGAUGAAUAUCGACAAAAAAUUAAGGUAACAACCGCUGGUCCCAUGGAAAUGAGUGUGCGUUUACCAACUCUGAAGUCUUGGCGAAUAAUAAUGUUCAGCAUUUUCACUAUAGUUUCAUUUGUCGUAUGUGUCAACAUCAGUAGCGCGGUUGAGCAUCCGUACACAUUUUUAAUAUACAUUGCUGGCUGCAUAAUAAUCAGUUCUAUAAUGUCCCUUUUCCCGAGUUAUCGUAACGGUGCCGUAAACGUGAACCCGUUACUUUGUACUACCACUAUCAUGCUGGGUGGGAUACUCCUCAGCGGAUGCUCAUAUUAUUCAUGGCCGGCGAUACUCUUUUGGCUUAUCGCUGGUCUAGCUUUGAUGUUGCGAUGUGAUAAUUGGUGUUGUGGCUGUUUCGAGUACAGUGGUGGCACAAUACAAGAACAGCUGAUACCGAACGUUCCGCCCAAAACGGCAACGAAAGCAACAACCGUACAUAUACCUCAUCUGCCGAAGAGGGUCGUUACCAUACCAACUCGUGUAAAUGCAGCAGCCAGAUGACAAUCAGCAGGAUCCUCGGAAAGCGAAGAUCUCUUCAAUGAAGAUUUCAGUUUAUGCGAUUUCAAAGAGGAUAGAAACGACGAUGAUGACGAUUGCUGGAGUGAAUAAGUAGAAGCAUGAAGAAAAGCAAGGGAGAAGAGUUUGUAUGUAUGUACAUAAAAGCAGUGAUCAAACAACCGAGUACCUAUAGGAAGGUGUACUUCGGAGGAAAUGUCGUGCCGUAGUCAUUAGCCAUAGUCAUUGCCAUCGCGUAGUCUACGCAAAUGCUGAUUGCUUGCCUGCAACUAGACGUUGGAAGAAGACGUAUUUUUUAUAGAAACGGGUUAAACAGAGCUUCUUACCUCAAGUGUACAGUCAUUUUACAUAGUUUAUUGUGUAGGGAUAUAUUUAAAUAUACAUACAUACAUAUGUACAUGUGUGUAUGUCUUACGUAUUUGCGCCGCUUAAUUCUUCUAGCCUUUAGAACUUUUUAGAUAAUUACCUAAAUAGAAUAAUAACACCGUGCGACAAAAACAAAAAAUUUCAAAACACACGAAAGAAUCGAUAUACUCACGAAACUAUGGGCCAAAUAUAGUAAAACUGCG